AUGAUUUCAGACUGCAGCCCGUUUUUGAAGGGUGUGAUGCUCGGAAGUACCGUCUUUGCCUUGAUCACGAUGCUUGGACACAUUAAGCUAGGUCACAGAAACAGGAUGCACCACCACGAACAUCACCACCUGCAAGCUCCUAACAAAGAAGAAGUCUUGAAAAUGUCAGAAGCUGAACGCGUGGAACUUAGUAACAGCAUCCGGGUUUACUGUAUCAUUCUUGUCACACCUCAAGAUGUGAGUUUGUGGGCUGCAGUGAAGGAGACUUGGGCCAAACACUGCGAUAAAGCAGAGUUCUUCAGUUCUGAAUACGUUGAGGUGUUGGAGUCAGUAACUGUGAACGAGACUGACACCUGGUUGAUGAUGAAACAAGCUUCAAUAUAUGCCUUUAAUACAUACAAAGACCAGUAUAACUGGUUCUUUCUUGCAUAUCCCACCACAUUUGCUGUGAUCGAAAACUUAAAGUAUUUUUUAUUAAGAAAAGAUCCAUCACAACCUUUCUAUCUAGGACACACUGAACUUUCCGGAAGCCAUGAAUAUGUGAGUGUGGACGGAGGAGUUGUUUUAAGUAUAGAAUCAAUGAAAAGAUUCAACAGACUUCUCACUGUCAGUCCAAGUGAGUGUCCGGAAGAGGAAAGAGGGAUUUGGAGGAUGUCUGAAGAUCUGUUGCUAGCACACUGCCUGAGAUAUGAGGAAGUGUUGGCAGAAAAUGCUGAAGACGAGGAAGGAAAAAAUUUAUUUAAUACCAAAACUAUUGGGAUGUUUAUGAAAGAGGCAAUUACUGACUACCCGAAGGAUAUAGUGGAAGGAUGCUGUUCUGACAUGGCCAUCACUUUCAGUAGACUGACUCCUGAUGAGAUGCAUGUGAUGAUGUACGGGGUGUACCGUCUUAGGGCAUUUGGACAUUUUUUCAAUGAUGCUUUGGUUUUUUUUACCUCCAAACGGUUCUGA